UAAAGCGGUGUCAGGUUUAUCGAGUCAUCUUUAAACAGACGAUAGAAAGUUUAAUACAAGUUGAAGUGAAUAAUAUGGUCUUUGCUUGUAUUCAAAUUAACUGCUAAUUUGUUCGUUGGUGUUUUGAAUAACGCUAGUUUGUGCAUGUAUUCGGAGUUUUAAAAGAAAAAAAUAUUAUAUGACAGUGCGUUUACAUGUACUUGGAUGGAGUAGAAAAAGGACGUGUUAACUUGUAAACGACUCGAGUACAUACUUACUCUAAUAGCUGAUGUGAACUAUGAUUUAACAUAAGUUUAAGUCUGUGCUGUCAAUAUACUCAAAUUAAGACGCAUGCAGUAAAUUGCCUGAAAAUAAAGCUUUUAAUUUUAUUGUGGUUGAUGAUUAAUUGAAUCACGUAAACUAUUCAUAUUCUAUUCGUUGAUGUACUUUGUGUGGGAACGCUUUUAAAAGCCAGUCAUGCAUUUAACCAUUCCAUUUCAAAACAUACAUUGAUGUUAAAGUGAAAUGAAAUUGAAUAUAAGGUUUUGGAUUUAGCAAAUAAGAGCUGUAAGCAAAUGAUAUUGCAAAUAUCAAUAAAUGACAGGAGACUUCGAUUACUGUGAAUGAGCAAUUGAUUGAAUGGUUAGAUAUCGAUUUGCGCAUCUAUGGACUUACGAUUUCUUAAAUGUAUGUUUAUGAAUACCAUUUAAUCUUCAAUAUUGUGUCGGUAGCUUUGGAAAGUCUAAGUGAUACUGUACUCUAGGUUAUGACAUGAUUUUUUUUUUCAAAUAAUUUGAUAUCAACUUUCUAAUAAAACACAGAAUAAGCAGAUUUACUAAGACAAAUGCGGACGGAUUUAUUGAAGUGCUUCCUGAAAUGAAUUCACUUUUUAAACUUUAGACAAGAUCUGAACAUGAGACUUAUAUGUCAUUACGCGUUGCAUGUUACUAAAUAAAAUGUUGGAUUGUAGUGAGUGUUAAAAGGGUACAUUUUUCAUUACCCUAAAAAAAUGGCGGCGAAUAACUUUCAUCCCGUUAACAUUCCAAAACCUGAAACAAACUUAAUCUGGUCAGAUCGUUCACUCAACCUCAUCGACCUUCUAAAGGAGAUACAACUUCCGGCCGUGGUCAAAAUGAACGCAGACGAGAAGUCUGUCGCAGCCGGCGGCGGCGGUGGUGGUCUCCGGAAGGACGCCAGCGCCAUGUUAAAACAGCCGAUGCUGCUGUUUCAAGAGUCCAAAGGUUUCAAGGUGGUGGCCCGCAACGUCUCUAGUCUCGUUGCAGUAAAGACGUCACGUGAUGGCGUCCAGUACAAAGAGGGCGGCUCAGUGAUUGUACUUCCGGUCGACUACCCAGGUUGGUUCCGUAUUCUGGAGGAGGACACAGUCCCUAUUCUCAACAUGGCCACCCUGGCGCGCGUCAUGCCCGCCUCCUUUCUGUCCACCCGCCGAAUCCCCGGAUUCUCGCUCCUCGACCCACUGAACCGGAAGGACAUAAUGUACGAGAAACUCGAGUUUCCGCCCGGAGUUUUCACGCUUCAUAGCGUUUUUGAGGACUAUGUGAAAUAUACUGGCGAAAAGAACGCUGUAAAACGGAAGUUGUUGAGGUGUGUAGUCUGCGUCACAAGUGACGGUUUGGACGUUCUUGUUCCGUUUGACGUUCAAGGAGAGUUUUAUGUUGUAGAGCAUAAGAAACCAAUGAGUAAAAGCGUCAAAGCGGACAAAAACUCCUGCGCGUACACAUUGAAACAGCUGGUAGCGAUGGGAGUAUUUACUAGACCACUAGUUCUGAAGUUGUUAAUAGGAGAGCCGCCAUCAAAACCAUGUGGAUUUACUGGCGUCAUGAAGGUGUUUGACAUCAUCAAAGAUUGGACCGUUAUCGCUCAAACACUUGACGGGAAACGGAAAUUACUAGAACUUCCGGUUUUACCCUUCCCAGAAUUCAUUCCGUCCACAAACGGAAAAGAUCUACUAGAAUCUGGUACCCUGCGAGCUGAACUGUCUCAUCUGCGAAGCGGGGCAGCUGACAAAUACGCAAAAGAGGUUAAAGUUCGGACAAGUUUUAACCUAAAGGGACAGGAACAGUCGAGCGAAAAUGAUGACAAAACAAAACAACUCGCUCCAUUGACAGAUAAAAAAGCUUUGCCAAUGUUUGAUCGCAAACUGUAACUUGUUUAUUUACGGAAUAGGUGCGUUGAAUAUGAUUUAAAGAGUCUUAAGCGCGUUUUUUUUCCAGGAUUUGUUCGCAAAUGUUGUCGACAAAGGAAUUCGUUGACCCUAGUAACGGUAUAGUUACUACUGAACCUAGGUUUUAAGAUGGUCCAAAUAAGGUCCUGGGCCCGAUCCUUCCCAGUUUACGCUUCAAAAAUGCACUCUUAUUCUCAAAUAAGAUAUACAAUAAUUAAAACAAAUGUUUGAAAUUACUGAAAAGAAUGGACAAAUAUCGAAAACAAUGAUUCUUAUGAAGGGUUGCGUGUUUAAAUUGAAAGAAAUUUGCAGAAAACAUAGCGUUUCUACCUUAUGAGUUGAUAGCUGAUCACUGUAAAUCUUUUAGCACUCACCAAUCAUUUAAUAUUUGUGCGUUUUCAGCUAUUAAAUACACGGUUACCAUUUUGUUAUCGGCAGUUCGAAUUAUCCGUUAAUACAUUAUUUAGUAACUAGUUAAAGGUUUAUUACCCAAAAUUAAUGUUUGUUUUACAAGUGUAUGUAUUUAUUUGAAAUACGAGUGUCGUUGUAAAAAUAAUGUUAUAAGGACACGAAAUGUCUGAAUUUAGGAAAUUGACUCAAGAUAGAUUUGGUAUGCUUUAUGCUUUUGACUGUAAAGAUCGCAUUGAUAGAAAAUGUUUUAAUAAUAAAUCUCCAAGUACGUUUA